AUGUUAGUGUAUGCAGGUGACAUUAUAAACGCUCCUUGGUCUUCACGGCCCACGAUCCUCGAAGUUCUUUUUUUGGUCCAGACCGCCGAUCUGGACUUUUACGGCGUUCUCUACUCCAACCCGGAUCCACUCAAAUGGGACUGGCCGAGCCCGACUGGAAUCGCAUGGGUGUAUCACGAUGGCCUCCAGAUAAGAACGUGGCAGGAAGCCGGCCAGAAGCCUAGUUUUACAGAUUAUUCGUCAGAUUUUGAAAUAGAACAGAUUUUUGGACACUAUGAGAAUGCACAAGGUCAUGUCUCCUAUGCAGUCAAGUGGGUCGACUAUACGUGUCCCACCUGGGAAAGUGAUAUAAAUUACUCCUGCAAACACGUCGUCGACUACCACCAGCGACUUUCAGCCCCGGGUUCGGCGCUGACGCGUCAUCAGCCUUGCUUCGAGGUUGUCACAGCUACCACCUUUAGCACCAUGAACAAGUCCGACAAUGGCCUGGACUCCGUGGACAAUACCAGGGCGUAUGCCUCUGGCCCUGAUGGAAAGUCAAGUCGCCCAUGCGAGCGCCGAUUCGUAGUCUGUGUUGAUUCUCAGCCAACAAGCGCGGCAUAG